AGGAGCGUGCAAUUGAACUUUUAUCUUGUCCAUUUAAUAUUAUAUUCGUGACAGUAAGGUUACAUACACCACAAAUCAGCUUUAUCAUCUUCUGAGAAUCAAUAAUGAAGGUUUUGAUAGCUGUGGAUGGAAGUAAAUGUUCUAGAGAUGCCUUGGAGUGGUACAUGAGACACUUUCACUUGAGAGAAAAUAAGGUGACUCUUGUUCACGUGACAGAUCAUCUCCAUAAUUUUGCGUAUAAUACAUCCGUGAUACCAGCUGAUCCAGAGUUAAUUCAAUUAGCGUAUCAGGAAGAAGAACACAAAGCCAAAACAUUAAUGGAUGAGAUGGGUGACUUCCUGAGUAAAAAUCAGAUUGAUGGUGAGGUUAUUCGACUUUUUGGAAAUCCCGGAGAACUAAUAGUUAAAAAGGCACAUGAAAUGAAGGCCACCUUGCUAAUCACAGGGAGUCGUGGCUUAGGACUCAUCAGGAGGACAGUGUUAGGAAGUGUCAGUGACUUUGUCAUACAUCACUCAGAAGUCCCUGUUAUGGUUUACAAACAUUAGGAACCAAAGGACAUUUACUUCAAUUGUUAAAUAUUAUACUUUGUUACGAA